AUGCCUGGCCCCCAAAAGAGCAGUGUGCCAUGUAGGCAGGGCUCCUUUUGGGAGAAGCAGCUCCUUCCACCUCCCACCAUCCAGUCCAUUUCUGCACCUGCCUCUGUGGGCAGCCCUGGGAGGACGUAGCCGCUAGAAAUCAUGUCCUUCGUACACAGCAUUAUUAGCAUCAUAAUAAUUCUGGCGGGAGCAAUUGCACUCAUCAUCGGCUUUGGCAUUUCAGGGAGACACUCCAUCACCGUCACUACUCUGACCUCAGCUGGGAACAUUGGUGAAGAUGGGAUCCUGAGCUGCACUUUUGAACCUGACAUCAAGCUCAGUGACAUCGUGAUACAGUGGCUAAAGGAAGGUGUCAUGGGCUUGGUCCAUGAGUUCAAAGAGGGCAAGGAUGACCUGUCCGACCAAGAUGACACGUUUAAGGGCCGCACAGCAGUGUUUGCAGAUCAAGUGAUAGUUGGCAAUGCUUCUUUAAAGCUGAAAAACGUUCAGUUAACAGACGCUGGCACCUAUAAAUGCUACAUCAUUACUUCAAAGGGCAAGGGAAACGCCAAACUGGAAUACAAAACUGGAGCCUUCAGCAUCCCAGAUGUGAAUGUGGACUAUAACGCCAGUUCAGAAAGUCUGCGUUGUGAGGCUCCUCGAUGGUUCCCACAACCCACUGUGGCCUGGGCCUCUCAGGUUGAUCAGGGAGCCAACUUUUCUGAAGUUUCCAACACCAGCUUUGAGCUGAAUUCUGAGAAUGUGACCAUGAAGGUAGUGUCUGUGCUCUACAAUGUCACUGUCAACAACACAUACUCUUGCAUGAUUGAGAAUGACAUUGCCAAAGCCACAGGGGAUAUCAAAGUGACAGACUCUGAGAUUAAAAAAAGGGGCCACCUACAGCUGCUGAACUCAGAAGCUGCCCUGCUAGGCUCAUCUCUCUGUGCCCUUGUGUGGGUACUUCUGCCCCUCAUCCCUCACCUGAUGAUCUCAUAG